AUGACAACCAAAGCCAAAGUGGCCCUGGAAGAGAAGGUGAUAGGCACAUCAAAGAAGCAGAAGCCUGUCAAUGAUGCAGAUGGAGAUAACACUACUGCACAACUAAAGAAGGCAAAAACUCACCCAGCAGCUGGGAAUGCCUCCACUGGAAAUCUCACAGCAGUCAACCAAGGUUCUGUGACAUCAUCAAUUGAACCCUCAAAAUCACCAACCCUGGCACCAGCAGUGAUGAGUUGUCGUGCCAUAGUUCACACUGAGGAAGAGGAAGCCACAUUAUCCACCAAUGAGGUUGACUUGGAUUCCAAAGAGAGUGAGAGUGGAUCACAAAGCAGCAAGAGUGAGUCGGAGAGCAAAGAAGAUACUUCUGAAGACCAGCUGAAACAGAUGAUGAAGGAUUGGAACUCGCCUGUUUACGCAUCUUUUGAUCCCACACCAAGGAUUGUUGAAAUCAAUGGAUGCCAUUGUAGCACUCGGAUCGGUGUUGGGCUCGUAUCCUGCCAAUUCCAUAGGUAUCCCACACACAUAUUCCUCGACACUCCAUUUACCUUCUGA